AUGAACGAUUUAAACAUAAAAGAUACAUUAUUUACCAUAUUGAUCGCGCUCAUCAUAAAGCCAACUCAAAAUCAACUGAGUGCUUCAACUAGCACUAAGAAUUUGUGGAGUGAUUCGAAGAAAUCAACAGGAAAACGAAGUGGUGGACCAUAUUCUGUUCUUCACUGUAUCGACUUCAUGGAAUUUGAACCUGUUUUUUGGAAACAAGCAAGGGAAAAGCGCAAUAUUUCUGAUGCCAAUACUUUAAAUUGCAGAGUUGUAUACGAAAAUGAUACAACCUUGGAAAUAAAGGAAGAGAACAUCCAGGAUCAAGAGAUAUGUACUAGCCAAAAAUGUGAGACAAAAUUGUCUAACGCAAAUAUAAGAGAAGUUGAUGUUUUUGGUGGUACGAGAAAAAUGCCUACCCAUAUCAAGGAGAAGGUUCAAAAAUCGAGAUUAGAAAAGACUCACACAUGCGAAAAAUGUGCACGAAGCUAUAAAAGGCAAUCCGAUUUAAAUAGUCAUAGAAGAUUUGAAUGCGACGUUAUGCCACAGUUCAGGUGUGAAUACUGCACCAAGCGAUUUAAGCGCAACACACACCUUCGGCGCCAUAUAGAUCGCGUGCAUCAGAAAAGUGACUUGAAUGCAUUGCAAACAAAGUACAAUUGUAACAAAUGUUCUCGAAGCUACAGUUCCUCAGAUUCUUUAAAUCGACAUAAACGUUUGGAACAUGCAGUAAUCAAACCACAAUUCAUUUGCGACUAUUGUGGCCAGAAAACGAAAGAAAAGAGUAACUUGUCCCAACAUAUUACUGCCAAACAUAUCAACCUCAAUUUUAAAAACAUUUCAAACGAAGCAUAAUUUUGAAGAAUGUUACAUAUUAUAUUUGCGGUCACGAAACUAAACUCAUAGGUUGCUUGCCAACACAUAUUCCUUCAAAAAUAUUAACUAAUAAUUAUGACGUAUCGUAGAACUUGAAUCCUUAGUUUACUUUUAGUGAAAAUUACUACAUAACACUCAACUUUGCUUUUUGAAGGCUUCGAAAGAAUAAAUUUGCUCAUCGAUAUCAACAAGAAAUUCUUUUUUUAAGUGUAGAAUUUGCUAAUGUAUGUUUUGUUUGAUGAAAAACAGGAUAUAUAGGUAUCAGAAGGUAUUCAUUGAUGACCAUUUCAUUUUCUUAUUUAAUAGCAAGUGUUUCUGCUCAAUUUUCAAGUGAUGAAAGUAAACUUAACUUGUUUCCCUAAUUUUAUGUGAAAAAUAA